UCGGACCGACUAGUUGGUUCAUUUGUGAAAAUGGCUGCUCUGCGUUUGGUCUGCCUGGCUGUAGUCUUGGCUGCAGGACUUGUCCAGGCCUUGGACACUUCCAAGAUUAAGGAUGUGCCCGUUUUGGUCAGGACACUGAAGAACUUGAACCGUGGUCCACCACAACAGGUGGUCACCAAGCGUGCGGUUGUCCAGGAGAAAUGGAUCACCCAGAAAUUGGAUAACUUUGACGCGAGCAACACGGCCACUUAUCAGAUGCGUUAUUUGCUCAAUGAUGAGUUCCAAACUGAGGGAAGUCCCAUUUUCAUUUACCUGGGUGGCGAAUGGGAGAUCGAGCAGAGCAUGGUCAGCGCUGGUCAUUGGUAUGACAUGGCUGAGGAGCACAAGGGUGUGCUUGUCUACACCGAACAUCGUUUCUAUGGUCAAAGUGUGCCUACAUCAACCAUGUCCACGGAUAACCUCAAGUAUUUGGAUGUAAAGCAGGCCCUGGCCGAUGUGGCCUAUUUCAUUGAGACCUUCAAGGCGGAGAACCCCCAGUUGGCCAACUCCAAAGUGUUACUAGCUGGCGGUUCUUACUCGGCCACCAUGGUGGUGUGGUUCAAGCGUCUGUAUCCCGACUUGGUUGUAGGUGGCUGGGCCUCCAGUGCUCCUCUUUUGGCUAAGGUCGAUUUCACCGAGUACAAGGAGGUGGUGGGCAGGGCCUUCCUCGAGUUGGGCGGCCAGCAGUGCUACAAUAGGAUCGAAAAUGGCAUCGCCGAGCUGGAGUCCCUGUUCGCCAAUAAGCGGGGAGCUGAAGCUAGGGCCAUGUUGCGCCUGUGCAACAGUUUUGAUGACCAAAACGAUCUGGACUUGUGGUCCCUGUUCGGCAGUAUCUCGAAUGUUUUCUCUGGGGUGGCGCAAUAUCAAAGCACUGGCGAUAUCGAGUACUACUGCGACUACCUCUUGAGCUUCCGGGAUGAUGCCACGGCUAUUGCUAACUUUGUGUACUGGGGCUGGGGAAUGCCCAGCUGUAUUGAUGCCACCUAUGCCAGCACUGUGGAGUACUAUCUGUGGGGAGUGGAUAACUUUGAUGCUAGUCGUCCUUGGUACUACCAGACCUGCAAUGAGUAUGGAUGGUACCAGAGCUCUGGCUCCCGGAAUCAGCCCUUCGGCACUAAGUUCCCGACCACCCUAUACACUACCCUCUGCGGAGAUGUCUUUAGUUCGCAGUAUGGAAAUGAACAGAUCAACAGCAAUGCAGCGCAGACCAAUGAGUACUUCGGUGGCAUGGAGCCCGGAGUGGAGAAUGUUUACAUGACCCACGGUGCUUUGGACCCAUGGAACCCCAUGGGCCAUGGAGUCGAGCAGGGAGCCACCCUCAUCGCCAAUGCCUCGCAUUGUGCCGACUUUGGAUCGAUCAAGACCACAGACUCCGCCGAAAUGCGCGCCUCCAAGGAGAAGCUCGCUGAUUUGGUGCGCCAGUGGUUGGCUUAGAUUUGUUGGCAUUGGUCCUUAUUUGGUGUUAUUUUAUGUAAUAAAAGAAUAAAAUAACCAAAAACCAA